AUGGUGAGCAAAAUGAACAUGCUUGUGUUGAUGGUGUUCCUAGGAGCUGCGGUCCGGGGUUGCAGCGCUCAGACGUCGCAUGUGGUCGGCGAUUCACUCGGAUGGGUCGUCCCGCCAGGCGGCCCGAUAGCCUACUCGACUUGGGCCGGCAACAAGACCUUCGUUGUGGGCGACACUCUAGGUAGAACUUCAGUAUAUGCUGGUAAAAACUCCAUUAACAUUUACUUCAUCAUCUUCAAGCUCUUAGUGAAAAGUGAUGAGAAUCAUGAAAUCAUCGAGACUGAAAUCUUCAAUUUCAUGACCGGAGAUCACGAUGUGGCCGAGGUAACUAAGGCAGCAUACGACGGCUGCAACUGCACGAGCCCCAUCUCGCUCCAGGCCAAUGGGCCGGCAAGCAUCCCCCUCAACCAAUCCGGCGAGCACUUCUACAUCUGCACGGUCGGCAGUCACUGCAGCCUCGGCCAGAAGCUCACCAUCAACGUUGCCACCACCACGCCUUCUCCAACAGGCUCUGCCACCCCUCCGUCGCCAGGGAACUCAGCCGCCUCUUUGAGCGUCACUGGCUUGUUCUCGUGGAUGUUGUCUGUUGCCGUAGUGUUGUUGUACUAG